AUGGCUCAACUAUUCACACCGUUAAGAGCAAUUACAGCGUCCGGAGUUGGAGCAGUAGCAGUUGCCGUGGCAGGGCGGAGGACGGUGUGGGCCGAUGAGCUCAAGACUCCCUCCCUCAAAAAGCUUUCAAUAUACGAUUCAAAGGAACCCGAAAUUUUAAUUGCUCAAACAGAGUCAGAGCUCGCCGAAACCAUCGGCCGUACGCGCCGAAUCCUUACCCGUGCAGGAGAAGAAUCCAAAGAUGGUAUUCAAGGGGUCAUCGCCAAGUGGAUUCAGGUCGAGCGGAGAGUUGAAUCUCGAGUCAAAUCUCUCAUAUCUCCUGAUGAACCCCUCACACCGGGCAUCCUGUACGUUGGCGUUGCUGCGCUAUCAGGUUCUGUGUUCGCAAGAGGGCGUUCACUCCCUACCAGAGUCCUACUGCCCCCUACCUUGUUUGUUGGAGCUCUGAAUUACUUCCUUCCCAAAACUACGCAUAAUGUAAACGCAUAUGUAUAUGGUCUUGAGCGCGCACAUGCUCCCGCCCUCGCAGACACGCACGAUGCGGCCGAUAAGGCGCUGCGUAACGCCGUCAAACAGAUCCGCGCUAGCUACAACUCUAUGCGUGGCGGUGUAUCGCAUAUUGUUGAAGAUUCGGUUGAUGGUCUCGAAUCCACAACUGGACUAAAAUUACGUGAUGCCACGAUUGGUCGCGUCCAACAAGCCUCUGAGGCUACCCACGACAAGACUAGCUCGAUUGUUCAAAACAUUCAGGAAAAGACUGCUGGGUUCCAGAAGAGGGCGGCAGCGAUUGCAGACGAUGUACAAUCAAAAUUGAUACAACAAGAAGCUCAGAGCCCCCAGAAAUCUGAGGCCUCUCUCGAACGUGUCAAAGAAAAGGUAGAGGAUGCUGUCAGCAAAGUUUCUAAAGGUAUUUAA